AUGUCUCGCAAGUCCGCCAAGAAUGCCAAGAACACCCCGAUGGCUGAUCUUCAUCCUGAGCUCGCCUGGGUGGGCCAAGGAAUCCAUGGAGAAGAACGCCGUGAAGGAGUUCGCAUCCUCGCCCGCUCGAUCAUGACCGGCGACUUCAAUGACAUGUACACGGAGGCAACUCAAGAGUUUCGUGCCCUCCGCCGCGACUUUCAGGCCGCGGGCACAUGGGAGACUGUCGAGGAGCUCUUCCGCGACUACCAGGAGCGCAACCGCGCCGCCGCGAAUCAAGGCUUUUCUGCUGGAAUGUCUCAUGGAUGCAAGCGCCUCCGUGAUGUCGAAUCCGAUGAUGAUGAAAGCUGGCUUGGCCUGAACGACAUCACCGGCAACAGUCCGCGCAACGGACCUCCGCCUCCACAGCCAGUGAAUGGCCCCGUUCCGGCCGCCGAUGCCUCGCUUCGCUUCCCCGAGGGCAUCGCCAACAUGGCACAGUGGGGCGACACCGUGAUCAAGUUCGGCAAGUACAAGGACAAGGACUUGCCCUACAUGGACCUCGCCAACGACCUCACCAAGGAGGCCCUCAGCUACAAGAAGUGGUUGAUUGGUCACCAGGUCACCGCCACCGGCCAGUGCAAGGACGUGGCCUCUUACCUGAAGCGACGCCAGCUGGCUAACGAUCUGCCUAUGCUGUGCGCUGGAACGCCCGUGAUCCCCGGCACCUCCGAGACACGUUCCUUUAAGAGCGGUUCUUCGACAAGGUCGUGA